AUGGAACUUAACGGUGCUCUGUUAACGUUAGCGUUACACGACCGGCAGAAGCAGCUGGAGAAGGAAGCUGCGGAGAAAGGACGAGAGGGGGUUUCUGGUGAUAGAGACACGGACGGGGAAGAGAGAAGAGGAGGAGGAGGAGGAGGAGGAGGAGGAGGAGGAGGAGGAGGAGGAGGAGGAGAGGUGGAGCCGAGUCAAGAAGGAAGAGGUGCAGGGGGAGGAAGAUGCAAAGCGGGGUUGGAGUCGAGUCCGGGGAUUGAGGUAGUGCUGUGCUUCGUGGCGGGAGAAGGGCUCGGCAUUUUGGGCGCGGCCCUCCAGCAGAAGAGCAGCGGGGGCAGCAGCGAGGGGGUGUCCCCUGUACUGCAGGCGCUGCUGCAGCCGCUGCUGGCGCAAUGCGGGCAGGCGCGCGUGCCUGCGCGCGUGCACGUGGAGUGGGGGCAGCGGAGGGACGAGGCGCUCUGCCAGGCUGUGCGGGCCACUGCAGCUGAGCGCCUAUACGUGGGGAACAAGAGGUGGGUGGGUGGGGAUCAAGCGGGUGCGUGUGUGUGGGGGGAUGCCUGUGCGAGUGCACGUGGAGAGGGUGCGUGUGUGUGGGGAUCAAGGGGGUGCGUGUGUGUGGGGAUCAAGGGGGUGCCUGUGCGCGUGCACGUGGAGUGGGGGCAGCGCAGGGACGAGGCUCUGUGCCAGGCCGUGCGGGCAACUGCAGCAGAGCGCCUAUACGUGGGGAACAAGAGGUGGGUGCGGAGGGAUCAAGCGGGUGCGUGUGUGUGGAACAAGAGGUGGGUGCGUGUGUGUGGGGAUCAAGGGGGUGCCUGUGCGCGUGCACGUGGAGUGGGGGUAGCGCAGGGACGAGGCUCUGCCGUGCGGGCCACUGCAGCAGAGAGAUUAUACGUGGGGAAUAUGAGGUGGGUGGAAGCAGCAAGGGAAGUGGGUGGGUGGAAGGACGACGAGGUUUGUCUUCCGCCUUCUCACUCAAUCCACACACCCCUUGCUCCGCCGCCUGCCUCCCGCCCCCCCUUUGUCUCCCCUCGCUUCUCUUAUUUUCUCCCUUUCUCUCCCCAUUUCCUUCCCUUCUCCCCCCCCCCAGACUGGGAGGCAGAGCUGCAGCGGGUGGCCAUCGGGCAGCAGCGCAUUGUGUCUCUCGUUGGCUUUGGUGCUGGUGCUGCUGGUGCUGCUGGUGCUGCUGGUGCUGCUGGUGGUGUUGGUGCUGGUCGUGGUGGUGGUGGUGGGGGUGUUGCUGCUGGUGCUGGGGUGCCAGCGGUGCUGCUGCCAACGCCGUCGACAGUGCAUGAGGAGCAGCAUCAGCAGCAGGUGCUGAAGCAGCUUCAGUUGCUGCAGCAGCAGAAACAACAACAGCAACAACAGCAGCAGCAGCAGCAGCAACAGCAGCAGCAGCAGUCGCAGCAUCUGCCCGACCAGCAGCAGAACCUGCCCGUCGGGCAGCGAAAAUUCCGUCCGCUGCGAAUCAUCGUCCCAGAUAGCACCUCCCCCCACCCGUCCCGCGCUCCCACCCCCAGCCCUGGCUGCCUCAGCGCCUCCAGCAGAGACGGGCGAACCCCAGGAGCAGGAGCAGGAGCAGCAGGAGCAGGAGCAGGAGGGGUUGGGAGGAGAGGAGGGGGCAUGGGAGACGAGGCGGGUGCGGCAGGGGAGAGAGCAGGAGCAGUAUCAGCAGCAGCAGCAGCGGCGGCUGGAGCAGGAGCAGGGGGCCGAGGCUUCUUCCCCUCCUCCUCCUCUGUCAGUGGCACCGCCAGCACCAGCAGCAGCAGCAGCAGCAAGGGGGGACAGAGCGGACAGGGGGGUUAUGGCAAGGGGACGGGGCAGGGGGAGAAGGCGCAUGGGGAGAGAUCGCAUGGGGAUAAGUCUCCCCUGUGGAAGGGGCUGGAGAGUGUGGCUGCUGGGUUGUCCGCGAUUCACUCUGAUAUGCAAGCUGCCAAGGGCUCAGGUGGACGUUCAGGUGGUUUCUCAGGUGGUUUUUCAGGUGGGUUUUCAGGUGGGCAGUCCGGGUCCGGGUGGCAUUCGCACCAGGGGAGCGAGGAUUUCCACGUGAAGGGAAACGAGUUUGAGGGAAUCGACACGAGCCUACUCAUCGUUCCUCGUAUCGCCCCAACCUCAGCCUCUGUAGGAGGUUCGGCGGCAGGCUCGGGAGCAGCUUCGGUAGGCUCGCCGUCGCCGAACGUAACCCCGCUCACAGGCCCAGUGGGGGGUAGAGGGACCGGAGGAAUGAAGGUAGCAAGGACUGUAUCCCACGAGCAAGCAAUAGGGGGAGGGAGAAAAGGAGGGAGAGAAGGAGGAAGCAAGGCAGAAAGAGAGAGCGGAAGAGGGAUUUCGAAGGGUGGAUUGGAGCAAGGGGGAAAUCACCCUGAGAAAGGCUUGAAGGGAGAGGGGUCCCCAGCAGUCCCACAGCAACCUGUGGUGGUGGGGAAGAAGCUGUGGGUGUCUGGCAGGAGGAGCAUGGGGAGUGAGGGGGAGAUGGGGGUAGGUGUCGAGGCAGUUGCAGUUGCAGCAGAGGUUGCAGCGGCAGCAGGGAAUGCUGCAGCGGUGGCAGCAAGAGAAGGGUCAAGAGAUGGUGGGUCGUGUGGUGCUGCCAGCCCUGCCAACAGCAGCAGCAGCAGUAAUCCCGGAAUAGGGGGUAGUGACCAGCAAUCUUUCCCUAUCCCGCUCCCUUCCUCCUCGUUCUCGUCCUCGUCCUCCCAAGCCGGAUUCCAAACCAGCCGGGUAGACUCGGCGGACUGCCACCGCUUUCCCCCGGACCAGAUUCUCCGAGCCACGGGGGGGUUCUCGCCCUCGCAGCUGAUUGGCCGAGGCAGGCUCGGGCCGAGUUACCGGGGGGAGAUAUUCGGAUGCCAGGUGGCGAUCAAACUGCUGACUGUGCACGAGGAGGCUUCAGGAAGGACAGACAAGAAUGAGAGGACUGCAAAAGAUGGAGCAGGGGGAGGGGGAAAGCAGGAGGAGGAGCGGGUGGUGGAAGCAGAUGGUGCUGCUGUUGCCUCAUCGGGUGCGUUUGGUUCAUUUGGUUCCUCCGGUCUCCUUGAUCCGUCCACAGAGGGGGGUCAGGUGUCCCGAGAGAGAGUACAAGCAGCGGUGCAAGCAGCAGUGGACGUGUUAAGGCGUCUCAGGCACCCACACCUGCUGCUGCUCAUGGGUCACUGCCCCGAGUACCCCUGUCUGGUCUAUGAGUUCGCUCCUGGAGGCAGCCUCUCUUCCUGCCUCUCCCGCAUCCACUCCCUUAUUGCCGCUGCCACCGCUGCUGCCGCUGGUGAUGGUGGUGGUGGUUCUGGUGGUGGUGGUGGUGUUACUGCAGCAGAGGAGGGUGCUGGUAACAGCAGCAGCGGUGCAGGGGACGGUGCUGCUGCUUCUCCUAGCGGAGAGCGGGGCAUUACCUUCGGAGAGGAGGAGGAGGAGGAGCUAGAGGCAAUAUGGCUCUCCUGGGUGGACCGGCUUCGACUGGCCUCUGAGCUGGCAGGCGCGCUGCUGUUCAUGCACCAGCACUCGCCGCCUGUGCUGCACGGCGCCGUGACUCUACAGAACGUGCUUCUGGACCGUAACUCCGCGUGUAAACUCAGCGGCGCUGGCCUCUCUUUCUCUUCAUCUCCCUUCUUUGGCAGCCCAGGGAAUAGUUAUUCUGCCUCUGCUUCUUAUUCUAACCCCAGCAGCAGCACAGCAGUGGGAGUGGAGGGUCCGUGCCAGCAUGGCAGCAGCAGCACGGGCGUACUAAGUGACGAUGUGCAUGCGUACGGCAUUGUGGUGUUACAGCUGGUAACCGGCAUCACCAGCCCGUCACUCAUCCACUCCCUCAUGCACUCGCACCCGACUGCAGCAGGAGGUUCCGGGGCAGGUGGUGGGGGUGGGUUGGAUAGGCACAGGCCAGAAUCAGCUGGGGAAUCAGCAGGGGGGGUGGCCGAGGGAGGGGUUUCUGGGGGAGGUGUUACCUGCGGGUUCAACCUGGCUGAAGCUGUAGACGUGUUUUUGAGCCGACUGGACGUGACAGCAGGGGAAUGGCCGGUUGAGAUUGCAUCUGUGGUGGUGCUGCUGGCUCUGCGCUGUGCUUCGGGACAGGCGGAGCUUCGGCCGGACCUGGCGGCUGAGGUGCAGCCUGCCCUGUCGGCUUUGGCUCGGGAAGCGGAGGAGAGCUUCGGGCGGGCAGCCCGGCAGAUGCUUCGGUCUGCCCUGAGAAGAAGGGACUUUUCUUGCUUCCAAAAGAAAGUUGUGAAGAUUGAGGAUGAGGCAUCUCCUGCUGCUGUUCAUGACACAGCGAAGCACCAUAGAGUUAGGAAGCUGAUGGAGUCCCUGGUCCCCCACAAGUCUCCUUCGCUGCGCCAGCUCAUGGCGGGUGCGCGCACCAAAGUUCUUGCUCUGGGCGGCUCUUUUGCCUCCACGCUGCUGCUCCCCCCGCACGCGCGCGCACCCUCCCGCGGAGGCCCCCCGCAGUUGCGCGGGGGAGUCCCCGCCCUCCCCCCCAUCACCCUCUCCGAGCCCCAGGAGCGGUGCCUGAAGCAGCUACAAACGAGGAUACAGCCGCCCUUUGAAAACGACAAGGAGGAACAUAGAUUGGCGCUAGUGGAGCUGUGGGAGCAGGCGUAUCCGGGGCGGGUGUUGACUGAGGAGGUGGAGGUGGCGGGGUGGAAGGAGAUGGGGUGGCAGGGGAAGAACCCAGCCUCGGAUUUCAGGGGCGGGGGAUUUUUCGCGCUGGAGAAUUUGGUGUACUAUGCUCGCACGUACCCAGUACGUUUGGGGAGGGAGGAGGGGAAGGGAGCGGGGAAAGGGAGGGGGGGAAGGGAGCGGGGAAAGGGAGCGGGGGAAGGGAGGGGGGGAAGGGAGGGGGGGAAGGGAGGGAGGUCGUUUCAGCGCAUCAUGUACAAGCAGGAGGGUCGCCGGGUUGAGUGGGAGUACCCCUUUGGAGCAGCAGGGGUGAACAUCACCGUACUCCUUAUAAGCAUCCUCGACUUGCGCAAGGACAUCCCCGCAACAGUAGCUGGACGGGCCUUUCUGAAGAUCCUGCCAGAGCACCCAACAGCGUUUGAGGAUCUCUACUGUGUCACGUUUGAGAUGCUGGACGCUAACUGGCUGGAGCUCAAGGCGUCGUACAUGGAAUUCAAUGUGGUCAUGCAAGCCACACGAGCAGAGCUGGAACGCCAUAUGUGCCAGCCCAGCUUCACUGCCAUCUCUGACCUUCCCGCCUUCGCCAGACUCACAGCAGAGUAG